AUGCGCGAUCUUUACCCAAAUUCUGACCCCCGCAAUUUAGCUGAGAGGAAGAGCUUCCUGAAACAGGUUGAUAAUUCGACUUGGAUCAUCGGAAAUAGUAUCUGGAACGUUACUCAAGGGCGGCAAUAUGCGACCAAGCUGUGGUAUCGGAACAAGGACCUCGUUGGAAAAGCCGUCGGGCACUACGUGAGCUACAAUGGCGCUCAAUCCGACUUGAACUGGACCUCCGCCGCUGUUGUGGAAUCGGGACCCGACUUCAUAAAUGUCCGCUUCACGGCCCGUGAAGGCGACUUCCACUGGGUUGUAUACGAUGACCUGGCAGGUGCCUACCAGUACUUUGUCAACCGUAAUCUUCCUGUGCUAGGAGAGUUCCGAACACUUUGGAGGCUUGACAAUAAAACCUUUCCCAAUGGUCGGACGAACGAGAGAGAUGGCAUGCUGCCCCGGCUUUCCGAGUACCUCGCCGCAACGAAUGUUCAGGAUGAAACGUGGCAAAAGUCUGACGGGACGUAUCUGACAAAAUAUGACUGGAGCGCCUUUAUCAAAGAGGUAGAUUUCUAUGGCGUGUAUGGAGAUGAUGUCGGAAGCUGGUAUUUUCACCCUGGGAAGGAUUACAUCAAUGGGAACCAUCUGAAGCAGGAGCUCAUGAUUCAUCGCGAGAGUAAGACUGGCGAUGCGGUGCAGCUCAAUAUGAUUCAUGGUACUCAUUUCCAGGCUGUGUCGAGCGAUGCAUUCCCUGAAGGCAAGACCUGGGGUCCGUGGCUGUGGUACCUCAAUGGUGGAUCAAAAGAAGAUGCUGCUGGUCGAGCAAAACAGGAAGAGCGGGCGUGGCCGUAUAAGUGGGUUACGGAUGCCUCCUUCCAGUCUCGAGGUUCUGUCCGGGGCAAAUUGACGCUGAGCGAUGGCCGUCCGGCAGCAGGAGCUGCGGUGUUCCUUGGAGAUAAUGCACCGAAUAAGACCACACUCGACCAGGGACGGAACUACUAUUACACAACCUAUGCGGGGAAUGACGGCUCAUUCCAGAUUGACAAUAUUAGGAGUGGUGAAUACGGAUUGCAGGCGUGGUCUAAUGGAGGAAGUAUCAGUGAUGUUACGACUGCCGUCCUCAAGAACAAUGUUGUAGUCGGGAAAGAUAAACGAACGGACCUAGAUGCUAUCGUUUGGGAGACCAGCAACGUUCAGAAGCGCAUCUUCCAGGUCGGGGAAUUUGACCGCCAGACCACUGGAUUUAACGGUAGUGGUGGUUUCCAGCAUGGCCGGAUUGCAAAGUGUCCAAGCAAUCUGACAUACACAAUUGGGGUUUCCCGAGUCGGAGAUUGGUGUUUCGGGCAAUCCUCACUUGGAACCUACUCAAUAAAUUUUGAUUUGUCCUCGGUUCCAGAAAAUGCAGCACGGGCAGUGCUGAAAGUUUCGCUUGCUGGGUUCUCCGGAGGUUCUAGUGCAGAUAUUCUGCUCAACUCAAAGCGAAUUGGAAACAUUACAACAGGUAGUGCAUUGCUACCGACUAGUCAAGAUACGUACCGAUCAGCGACAAGAGCAGGAGAGUGGCAUUUGUUAGAGUAUCCGGUAGCAAAAGAAAUUCUGAAGGCAGGGGCGAACCAGCUGGGGUUUCGGGUGACGCAAAGCACGCUCUGGAGGGGUUGGCUUUGGGAUUCAAUAGUCCUAGAGUGGACUUAG